UCCAACAGACGUUAACAAUCACAGGUGUGGUCCAACAGGUGUUAACAAUCACAGAUGUGGUCCAGCAGGUGUUAACAAUCACAGGUGUGGUCCAACAGGCGUUAACAAUCACAGGUGUGAUCUAGCAGGUGUCAGAGAGCAUCAAGACAAGCGGACAGUUGUCAUGGAAGAAGACGUAAUUUUCACCAUCAUCAAGAUCCUCAUUGCCGGCCUCUCUACACAGGCGGCGUGAUGCUGUGUGAUGCGGGUGAGAGGCGGUGGACGGCUGGGGCUCGCCCUGCUCUCCCUCACCACUCUCACUCUCCUGCUGCUCCAACACUGUCGCCUCUCCCUUCACCUGCACGGUGAGGAUGACUGCGCAAGUUGGGAGCGUCAGGUGGCAUGGAAAGAGGAAUACCAAGCGCACACACGCAAGUUACUCCUGCAGAUAGCACAACUCAAGGAGGAGCUAGCCAGAGAACAAGCCAACCGAGGUGAUUCAGAAUCGUCAGAGAGUCCAGCCGGGGUAGGAGUGGGGCCACCUCCACCUGUUAUCAGCUCCAACACCCACACCAAGAACAACAGUAAUGUGAUACUGGUGGAUGGGCCAUGUGGGGCCAUCAUACAGCACCAGGUGGCUCAGUCAGAGAUAACACAAGGGAUUCCACUUAACAAUGAAUAUGAGGUUGUGGCCUUCUCCCAUUUCACUUGGUCAAGAGUGUAUCCCUCAGAGCUUGGGCUGGGGAAGAGAGUGGUGGAAAAGCCAAUCGGUUUUAAACGCCGGGAUAUUGUUGCUUCUCUCACUGCAGCUCUUGAUCAUCUGAACACCCCUAUACCUGCCAGAUUUACUGUUGAUGAUUUUGUGGAAGGAAUGUAUCGCACUGUGCCCACCAGCGGGACCCACUAUGAGUUGUUGUUCCACGACCGCCACGCCAACCGUACCUCCCACCAGUACCGUACUGUCACCCUCUUGAGGCCCUUUGCACCACUUACUGUAGUUACCAAAGUGCAGCACAACACUAAACAGCUGAUAAACAUCAUCCUGCCACUAUCAGGAAGAACUGACACAUUCAGAGGAUUUAUGGACAAGCUUGUGACUAUCAUUCUACGCCAUGAUCGCCGAAUCUUCCUAACUGUUGUUUAUUUUGGUCAUGAAGGCUUGCAAGAAGUGAGAAACAUUAUUACUAAUGCUUCUAAAGAUGCCAAGUUUAGACACAUCAAAUUGCUCACCCUCAAUGAAACAUUUUCUAGAGGCAAAGCACUCCAGGUUGGAGCCACCCACUGGUCCAAGGGUGAUGUACUGUUGUUCAUGUGUGAUGUGGACGUUGUGUUCAGCACUCGUUUUUUGGAACGCUGUCGUCUGAAUGCUUCACCAGGCCAUUCCGUAUACUAUCCAGUUGUGUUUUCUUUGUACAAUCCCCAAAUGGUUUAUCCCCUCCAGGGCAAACCUGUACCUCAGGAACUGGACCAAUUGGUGAUUUCUCGAGACACAGGAUUCUGGCGUGACUUCGGCUAUGGAAUGACAUGCCAAUAUAGAUCAGAUUUUUUUAGUGUUCAAGGUUUUGAUGAAGAUAUUAUAGGCUGGGGUGGUGAAGACGUCUUAUUAUAUCGCAAAUAUGUUAAAUCUAGGCUCUCGGUGAUCCGUUCUACUGAUCCAGGGAUAUUCCACUUGUGGCAUCCUAAGGAAUGUUCAACUUCCCUCUCUGCUGACCAGUACCGUGCCUGCAUUACCUCACGCGCUCUUAACGAGGCCUCACAUGCUCACCUAGGCCUCAUUGCCUUCAAAGAUGACCUGGGGAAGCACCCCCUUGGAGCUGAAGCACUCACAGGCAGCAACACACUUGAAGAGCAACAGCUCAAAGCCGAGAUAAUCAAUAUCAACGAAGAGAGAACUCUAAACUGAUGUCAUGUAAUUAUAUCUAUAUAUUAUCCACAUUCAUCUGUUUGCUAAACAAACUGAAAAAUAAUUUGUUAAAUGCAAUGAGUAAAGCAGAUGUACACUUCCAUAAACACUCACGCACACACACAUCACCAUAUUAUACAGUACUACAGUACAUUCUUCUCUUUUUGUGGUUCUCCUUUAAAUAAUUGUCUUUUUUUUCCAUAAACCUCUCCUACCUCUCUUCUCCCUCUCUUUUUCUGUAUGAAAACUGAAUUUUAAGCUGCUCAUAAUGUAAGUGCUUUAUUAGGAUUGUUCGAAAGUAUUGUUAGUUUUAUCCUCAUGUCAACUAGUCAGUGCUGUAAUGUAAGGGUGUAGUUAUUGAUAGAAUUAUUUAAUUCCAUAUUGGAUGUUGUAGUAUGCUGUUCAACUCUUGUAAAAAAGAAAACAUGCUACUAGUGUGAUUGUCAUUUUCAGUUGAUGAAGAGACUAAUGUCUUGCUGGCAUAUGAUAUACAGUACUACUGUGUAUGUGAAUUCCCGUGAUUCCCAAUCAUUGGCAUUAUUGACUUCUCAUAUGUCUUUUGACAUUAACUCUGGACUGUACCCAUUUUGCUUAUGACAGAAUCUCACUUCAGGAUGUCAGAAUACUGUGCUAUACUUGCAUUAAUGGCCAAAAGAAGUUUAAUAUGUAUUCUUAGUCUAUAUUAAUAGUUACCAUAUUCUUGGGAGCAUGAAGAGGAUGUAUAAAUGUUGUCCCAGAUACAAAGACUUGGUUUAUAUACAGCAUUGUAACAUUGCCAUGUUGGUCUCCAUUUUACACCUCAUAGAUAGACAGACAACUACUGGUAAUAAAAGAAUUAAAGAGUAUAUACGGUAAUAUAUAAAGUGUAUUUGAAGACUAAUCUCACUUUACAUAUAAUCUUUCUGAAUGAAAAAUUAACUUUGAACUGUCUACCAAAAUAUAAAAAAAACUGUUUACCACAACCAGAAUAAUGAUUAGGUCUGAUUACUUUUAUUAAUUAAAACUUUACCACAUAGGUUAUAGUAAAAAAAAAUAGAAUGGCCCUAAAUCAAUAUUCUUGGAAUAUAUCAAAAUGUUAUAUUCUAAACCAUAUUUUUGGUAGUCACUUUUUAUAGAAUUCUAUUCACAUUAGAGAUGCAGUAGUUUAGCUCAGAUAGCCACAUGGUAUAGUUUUACCAUUUUAAAAACAUCCAGCCAAUUUGGUGAUUCUAAAUCCCUUUUUAUAGCUGAAUGAAAGUGAGAAUAAUUUUGAAAUGCACUUGAUCAUAUGGUUAAAGUUCUAAGGUUCUGUUUGUAAAUAUCACCAACAUUCAACAUGUAAGUUUCCUUGGAGAGUGUUGUGUGUCAUCACAGGCUGUUUAUAAUAAGUAGAUUGUCUCUGAUGUUGUACUUUAGGUGAUACUUAGAAAUCAGAUCCAGGAUUUUAUAAAGAAAGCCCUUAUUAUGUGAUCAGAUCUUCUUGUCUUCCAUAGGCUAUACCUGUCAACUGCAGCAACAUUGACAGGAUAUUGUUAAGGAUUUUCAACAUAAGAGUACCUACCAUAUUAACUGAGGAACAGCCUUAGGCCCACACUUAGGACACACACACAAGUUCAAACAUAUUCUCAUGGUGUAGCACUGCUAAAAUACUUGGACAUAUUUUGGUGUAUGUAUUGUGUGCUCUCUGCCAGAUAUUUAGGGCAAUAUUGUCACAGAAGAUGGUAUGUAUCAUAUUCUGCUUGCACAAACAACUUGGAACUGCAACACCAGAAGUGUUUAUGAAAUUGAAGCGUGAUUUUUAGAAUGUAAUUGCCACAAGUGUGCCUCCUUAGUAUGGCUCUUCAUGUUUAAUAUUUAGCCUGCAGAGAUAACCUUUUUUUGUAUGUGACUGUAGGUCUGUACUCCUAUAAGAAUCCAUUCCAUGUAAAGCAGAUGGUUUUCCUUAAAAAAUAUAUAGGUAUGUUGGAUGAUAUAUGUACUAUGAUGAAGUUAUUUAAAUCUGUAAUAUACUAAUUUAUUUGAAAAUGUUUGUAAAUUGCUUUGGUAAAUUUUAAAUUGACAAUAAUAAGUGUUUAAAGCUGUAAAGAAUAUUUUAUUUCUACUGUGGUAUUCAAGCAUUCCCUUCUUCCACAUCAACAGGUGCCUGGUCCAGUGUUGCUGUUAUUCCACACAUUGUCUCUGGUUGAUUUUGAUUUUUAGAACAUGUAACUAAUAUUGCUGUAACUAAUAUUAAAUUCAGGGAAAUUAAUAAUUAAAUGGAUUGUGAACACGGGUGAAGAGCUAUGGAAGAAAUGGCUGUUAAGAUUCAAUGUCACGAAAUGAAAAAUGUACCUUGAGGUCGUACCAACAGUAAGGAGGCAUAAUACAUUUCCCAAUGUGUUGAGGAAACAUCAUCAACAGAGACCAAAUGUGAAAACUGCUUGAGUGUGUACUGUGUAAGUUGACAACAAAGUUCUCAAACCAUUGUGAGAAGAGUAAGGUGAAUCAAGCAACUAAGUUCGUAGGUCUUAUAAGGUCAUUCACAUACGUAGACGAUCCGUCCCUUGUAACGCUCUUCAAAAGUGAGGUGCCUCUUUGUUUGGAGCUCAGCCUCACCCACUCUGAGUACUACUGGGUGGCAAGUCAGCCAGGCGACUCGCUAUACAAUUACGUGCCAUCUCCAUGGAUAUUAUUCCUUGUUAUAUCCCUUGUUUAAGAUAUUUUUUGUUUCAGUUCGCUCGGCAAUCUGUUUUUUUAGGAACACAUCCCGAUUGCCAAACAGCGCAUCCCUGUAUUUACUUACUUUCUAUAUUUGCAAAAUUUUAAACAGUUUCACUUACAAUUUUCAAUUUUCUUGUUACUUAGUGUGGUUUUCUCCCAAAAUAUACUUACCAGUCCAAAAUUCAAAGUACAGGAAAGCCUCCGAUAAUGACGGUUCUACUAAUGACGAUUCAUAUUUAAGACCCUGGUUAAUUUAGGACCCAAUUCAAUUUACA